UAUUCUUGAUUUCUCGUCUAAUUCACUCUCUCAUAAUUGAUCUCAACGUCGGUUAUCUACAUCAUCUAUCUACUUAUCAAGCCAUUCUGAAGAAUCUCGAUUGAUACCCCGCCACUAUUCACCUCCUCCUAGUCUCUCACCGCAUGCAGUAGCCUCGAUCGUCUAAUUCUAUCAUCACAGCGACUGUCAAGGGUGUCACGCGGAUAGAGUCGACUUGGAAAGGACAUCAAAUCAACAGUGGCCCACCUCGUUAUGUGAUGAAAUAGACAUUCUCUUCUGAUACGCCUUUUGCCUCUCGUAAUGGAGAUGGUUCUAGGUGGCCAACUUGAGCUACAUCUGCUCCAAGGUUGUUGCUUGGAGGCAGAAAGGGCAGACCGUGUUGCAGUUCAACUCCUGGGCCUUCGCAAUGCCUUGGGCGAGGGCACCCAUACCCAUUUGUUGAUGACGAUGGAGGAGGUCAGCAUCUCAGGCCAACUGCUCCGUGAACUAGCCGAGUACUCCAAAGUCCAUUUCUCUCGAGUUCCGGUCGUGCUCGACUAUCUCGAAAUCCUUCUCCCUUGCCUAUCAAGAUCCCUACGAGAUAUCACGACCUAUUACGAAGAUAGGACUCUCACCAAGGAGAAUCGUUGGCGGAAGAUGUACCACUCGAUGACCCAAGAAGCUGGGGGCCUUUCACUACCCCAGCGCUUUGUUCUUUACAAUCGUUUUCUGUACCUGUUACAGGAGUUGCUAUUGAGAUCGCCAAAUUUUGACUUCAACACUAUGGAAUGCACUCGAUUACAGUUGAUGCAGCUCAGGGAAGCCAGAGGCAUUCCCCCUCCCCCUAUUCGCCUUAAUUCAACAAUUCGUCCCGAUUCUGUGCUAGAUGAUGAUUCGGGCAUCGCGACUAAUAUUCAUUGGGCUGAGAAAAUCUUCUCUUUACCCCUUCCCUCCCGGACUCCGCUUAAGCAUCAGCAGUCGUCCAAGGCAUAUGGCCCACACGCCCCCUGGAGUCAAGCUCGCAUGCCAAGUGAUGCAAGAAUUCUUUUUAUUCGUUCUUUCAAUGAGCGCCAGAUAACCCUGAUAGUAUAUCAGAGUGGUCGAGACAGAUGCCCAUAUUUCCUGUUGCGAACGUUCCACAUGGGAACUCCAUGGUUUUCGCUUCGUGGUGCACAUGAGCUAUGUGUCGAACGCAAUGGGAGCAGCCUUCAGUUCUGGCGAUGGAGUUCCAGUGAACAAUGCCCCAAGAUAUGGGCCAAUCUUUGCUUCAUGACGUGGGAAGAAUUGGUGCUCGUGUACUGCUGCUUUUUGUCUUUCAAGACGCGCAAUAGUCUUACAGUACAGGUUGCAAAUGAAGAUCUCACUCUUUGGGGUGAACGAAAACUGUUCCAAGCUCGAAUCGUGGACGACGGUUUCAUGCAUUCUCUCAUUGUAUAUGAGGACUAUAUGACAAAGGGUAUUCGCCUCCACGCUGCAGUCUGGGACGGUGACCUACGCCAAUGUCCUGUCUGGACAGCUUUCAUCACACAUCAGUCAGCCUCCCCUAAAUGGAUAAAGAGAGUCAGCAAGACCAGAGUCCGACUUGCUGGCAUUCAACUCUACGUCUUUUGCCAGGAAUACCGGCAGCAGAACCAACGAAUCAACCGUGCAGGAGCCUUCGAGAUCCGAUUCGUGAGUGAAGAGGCGGCCAAGCGUUUCAAAGAGCUCUUCUCUCCUGCGCUCAUCGACGAGAGCACCGCCACAGAGUCGACACAGACUUAAGUCAACAACAGUGUUUCCGCUGUACGACACAAACUCGGCACUUAAAAUUUCUCCUGUGAAUAGUUGUACUCCCCCCUUGUUCCAUUACAUGUAGCCUUUCACCUUGAUUCAUGUUUUUUCUAGCGACGGCGUCCCACGAGAGAAAUAACGGUUUGACGAUUUACGAAUAACGAUUUCCCUAUUUUUAAUAAUAAAGUUGAAGUCGAGGGCCACAGAUUGCACGAUACAUCACAGCCAUUUGCGAGUUC